AUGAAUCCCGAUGGUUCGUCGUCUGGCAGCGGAACCGCGGCCUCGGUUGGUUUGGCCUGGGCGGCUUUGGGCGCUGAUACGACUGGUUCCAUUGCGGAUCCGUCGAGCAAGCAUAACUUGGUCGGUAUCAAGCCCGCCAUGGGGCUGACGUCCAGGUAUCUCGUCGUUCCCAUCUCGGAGCAUCAGGAUACCGUUGGACCAAUGGCGCGAACUGUCAAGGAUGCCGCAUACCUGUUAUCGGCCGUUGCCGGAUCAGACAAGAACGACAAUUACACGUAUGCAUCGCCGUUUGGAGAGAAACCCCCAGACUACGCCGCCGCUUACAAGCCCACGGAACACACGAUUGAGGCUUUCAACUCUGCGCUGGACGUAUUGAGAGAGCAGGGCGCCGAAGUUGUGGACGACAUCUUCUUGACCGGCGCAGCGGACAUGGCCAGCAGGAAAUAUAGCCCGUUUGUCACGGGUCCAGACAUGAUGGCCGACAUACCUCGAUACUUUUCGCAGCUCAAGACAAACCCCAACAACAUCACGACAAUGAUUCGGCUGCGCGAGUUUAUCCAGAGAGACGUCCGCGAAGAGUAUCCCGAAAAGGGCACCCAGGCUUGGGACAGAGGCAUCAGCAGAGGUUACGACAACACUUCGCCAAUGUGGUGGGAGAAUCAUAGCGCCCAGGCAGAGCUCGCUGGCCCUCGAGGAAUUGCCGGCGCGCUCAAGGAACACUCUCGAUGCCAUGGUCCUCCCCACGGAGUAUCUGAGCAUGCUUGCAGCUCCUUUAGGCAACCAGUCCCCGUAGGACGGACGCCCGACGACGCGCCGUUGCCGUUUGGGUUGGGAUUUACCGGCGCGCGGUUCGGCGAAGAGGUGCUCGUUGAGAUUGCGUACGCGUUUGAGCAGGCGACGAUGUUGCGCAAGACGAUUGUUGCUUGUAUCCAGCCAGAGACGGAGCUCAAGGACGUGGUGGGAAAGACGGCGCAAACGAAUGGGAACUUGGAGUUGUAG